CAAAAUCAUUCUUAAAUCACAUUGUACAUGCUAAUUGCAGAUAGGAACAGUAAUGGUAGCACCCGGCGGGGAAGCGUUGGGUGGUUUGAUUCGUGCUUUCCGUCACAUGAUUCAGACUGAAGGGUUCUUUUCCCUUUACGAAGGACUACUGCCCUCAAUUAUAAGCAUGGCACCUUCAGGUGCAGUCUUCUAUGGUGUCUAUCAUAUAUUGAAGUCAGCCUAUCUUCAUUCACCGGAAGGGAGAAAGAGAAUUCAAGACAUGCAACAAGGUGGUCAGGAACUGAAUGCAUUUGAACAAUUAGAGUUGGGUCCUGUUAGAACAUUACUAUAUGGGGCAAUUGCUGGUGCAUGUUCUGAAGCUGUUACAUAUCCAUUUGAAGUUGUGAGGAGGCAUCUUCAAAUGCAAGUCCGUGCAAUGAAGUUAAGUGCAUUGGCAACUUGUGUCAAGAUAGUUGAGCAAGGUGGCAUUCUUGCUCUUUAUGCGGGAUUAAUUCUCAGCUUACUGCAGGUCUUGCCAUCAGCAGCCAUAAGUUAUUUGGUGCACGAGUUCACGAAGAUAGUUCUACAGGUGGAGUCAGCAUAUCCGCUUGACUUAAAACAUGAUAUGGGAUUGAUUGAGGCAGACAGUGUUUACAUGCAGUACAAAUACAUCUCAUGA